CAGGUUUACAAUGUUUUGACGCCUGAAAAUAAGACUCAUGUCGAAUUUUUACCAUGUUUUUGAAUCUUCUGCUGCUGCUGUUUUGCUUUGUCAGUCAUUGCGGAACCACAACUACACAUGUGACAGGAGAAAAAGGAGAAAAUGUCACCCUGCCAUGUGACUUUGAGGCCAGAGAAAUUUCUGAUAUUGUUUUAAGCAGUCUGUCAAAUGACAUUCUUGUCUGUGAGAAUGAAGAAUGUGAGAGUGAAAAUGACAGAGUAUUUAAGGAAGGAUCAUGUGACGUUAUCAUGAAGGAUCUGAGACUGAGUGAUGCUGGGAAAUACAUUCUGAGAGUUUAUUACUAUAAUGUUCAGAGAGAACUGGAGCGACAAAUCAGAACAUAUCAUCUUCAUAUUCAUGAUGAGAUUUCUGUGAAGAAAGGAAAGCAGCUGAAGAUGGAUGUUCUGUUGGUCAAUGCUGAUAAAGUGAAGCAUCAGAGCAGAAGAAGCAAAGGGUGGAAGGAGGUGUGGAGCAGAAGAGAUGGAGUCAAGAGUGAUCGACUGACCGACAGAGAUGGAAAUCUGAUCAUUAGUAAUUUUACAGUCUCUGACACUGGAACAUACAGAGUUCUGGACUCUGAAGGAGAAAUCUGGAUCACAGUCACAGUCACAGCUUCCACACAUCCUGUUCGAGAACUUUUGAGUUGGACAGAGAAACUGAAUGGGUAUUUUGUGAUGUCACUAGUUUUUGUGUAUUUAGUGAUUAUGGCAGUUCAGAUUGUGAUGAUGAUUGCUGGUCACUGGUAAUUUUCCUUGAGCGUCAAACACAUCUUCAGAGGAUUCUGUAUUAAGAUUAUAUUUUAAGAUUAUAGAUCAUAUAAGAUUUGUUUACUGUGUCUGCAAGUGGCCUAUAGCUAAAGAUUUGGACAAGUGACUGAACGUUUACCAAUCCUAAUUCUCAGAAUUAUAGUUUUUAUUGAAUAUCAAACAUUGUUUCUAAAGAGUUAGAAAAGUAUUUAUAAAAACAAAAACACUGAAAGCAUUUACAUAUUUAUUUAAAAGGAUUGUAGAAAAUAUUUGUUUAAAUAAUAUUUCUUAUUUCUAUAUAAAAUUUCUUUCUUAUUUAAGAUAUAUUUGAACAAGUAUUUACAUUUCUACUUGAUCUUUAUUUUCCUGUUUAUCAUUGUGAGGCUGCUUAAUAUUCAACAAUUAUUGAUAUUGUUGAUUUGACUGAUUUAAAAACAAUCUGUACUGUAAAAAGCUCUAGAAAUAUAUGGAUUGAGGAAGGUUGGAAAAAAUUACACGACUUUUAAAAUCUUCACAUAUCUUAAAACACUAUUGCUGCCUUUGUAUGUGUUCAAAAUAAAAAACUGGACAACACGUUUGAUCUCCUCCAGCUGAUAGAAUUACACCCUUAAAAAAUCAGUCUGUGCCAAUAAUAGAUUAUUAGAUUUUCUGUGAAAUCUUUCAGCUGAAACCUGCAGUUUGGCUCUGAUUUCCAUCCACCGUCCACCCAUCCAGACUGUAAAUCGGGGCAAAACUGUCUUCAUUGUGUACACUUUUCUG